AGCCGUGACGUGUUUCUCAGUGGACAGAUGGAGGGCGGUUUGAAGCGCAGUGGCAUAUUUUUGUAGUAAACAUGCUUCAAAUUAACCACGAAUGACACGGCCGAAGCGACUGUGUGCUCCAAGCAAGAUAACUGGAUUUCAAAUUAGUUAUUCACCGUCGCUAAUACGGUGUUAUGCGGCGCUAGCCUCUAUAUGGGCUUUAAUAAGUUAAAUUAUCGGUACGCUAGCUAGCCGCCGUUAGCUAACCGUUUCUCUUGGCUAGGUGGACACUUAUUUCUUCUUUACCGCUGACUAGAUAAGUCUGUAAACGAUGGCGAGUGUGCAUGAAAGUCUAUAUUUCAACCCCAUGAUGACGAACGGAGUCGUCCACGCCAACGUGUUUGGUAUUAAGGACUGGGUGACGCCGUACAAGAUCUCCGUGCUGGCCUUGCUUUACGAGAUGACCACGUCCAAGAUCUCCCUGCCGGAGCGACGGCGGCUCAACAAGCUCAUCCUGCCCCUGCAGCAGGGUCCAGAUUUGACUCUUGGCCAGUUCCUCAAGACUGUGGAGGAUUGCUGCCCCCAGACUGCAUAUGCUGUCAAACUCAGGCUACAUGAAAUGGCGGAUGGUGAGCUGAAAGACAUGGAAUUCUUCUUUUCCACUCUUCCCACUCCUUUCACCGCUUUUGAUUCAGAGGCGUAUAAAACCAGUGUUGUCGGUCUUUUCAUGAGACACAUGCUCCUGGCCUACAACAAACUGUCCUUCAGUCAGGUGUACAAGCUGUACAAGUCCCUGCAGCAGUACUACCACAGCCACUAUGCCAAGCCGACCGACAGGCAGGUUGAUGUGCCGGUGCUGGCUGCAGAUGACUCAGACAUGGACCUCACCAGCACUGAGGACACUGUCGGGGACAGAACAGACAAGGAGGAGCUGGACACCCCACUUCAUGAGUCAGAGCUUCGAAAUGAUGACGCUCCGAGUAGAGGUCCACUGUCACAAAAACAAGCAGAGUACUUUCUUGCGAGACAGGCAUACCUUCUGAAGAAUGAUGAGAACAAAGCUCUAAAGCCUGCCGCUCUGCAGGACGAGCUCAACAACAUGCUGAAGUUUAACCCAGAUUUUGCUGAGGCGCAUUACCUCAACUACCUGAACAGCAUGCGAGUCCAGGACAUCUUCAUCUCCACUCACAGUCUGUUGCAUUAUUUUGACCGCCUCAUCCUGUCUGGCAGCGAGGGAAAGAGCAAUGGGGACGAGGGCUACGGGCGAAGUCUCCGCUACGCUGCCCUCAACCUGGCCAGCCUUCACUGUCGCUUUGGCCACUAUCAACAGGCUGACCUGGCUCUACAAGAGGCUAUCCGCAUCGCCCAGGAGUCCAAUGAUCACGUCUGCUUGCAGCACUGUCUGAGUUGGCUUUACACACUGGAGCAGAUGAAAGGAUCUGACAGCUCUGUGUUAACCGAGGAUUCAGUAAAAAUGGCUGCCCAUUUCUGCCUACCAUACCUGGCAUCCCUGGGCAUUCAGUCCUUAGUCCAGCAGGGGGCGAUCCAGGGCAAGACAGCCCAUGAACUGAUGGAUGCACUGAAGGACACAGACAUCCUGCACUGGAAGCACAGUCUGUCAGAGCUGAUAGAAAUCAGCUUGGCCCAGACUACAUCCAUAUGGAGGAUGUACGGCAAGAGCACCAUGGCUCUGCAGCAGGCCCAGCUGCUUCUCAACAUGAGCAGUCUGGAGCCAGUCAACUUCGGGGUGCAGCAGAACAACACAGAGGCCUUCGCUGUGGCUCUCUGCCACCUGGCCGAGCUGCACGCUGAGCAGGGCCUGUACGGUGCUGUUGCAGAGAUUCUUCUGCAUCUGAAAGAGCAGUUUCCUCCUCACACACAGCAUGCCAAACUCUGGAUGCUUUGUGACCUGAAAAUCCAAUUUGAGAGGCAUAUGAAUGAAGGGAAAUAUCACUUGGCAGAGCCACAAGUCACAGCAAUCGCCGCCUUAAAUAAAACAGAGGGCCUCUACAGGAAAGCUCAAGUUCUGAAGGCGCUCAACCGGAGCACUGAAGCCUACAGCAUCUUACAGAGGCUGCAGGUGCACUGUGAGAAGACCAAAUGUACAGAGAUGAUCAUCAGGGUUAUGCUUUCUACUGCCGAACUCCACUGGGAGUCGUGUGGCUUCUCUACAGCCCUUCCUUUCCUCCUGCAGGCUUUGGCUCUGGCUAGACAGCACCACUUACAGGCCCUGGCCUCGGAGACCGUCCUUCACCUGGCCUUCACUCAGCUGAUGUUGGGGGUUCCUGAACAGGCGCUGACUGUCCUGCAUGAAGCCAUGGAGCCGAUUCUUGCCCAUGGAGCGGUCAUGGACAAAGGCCGUGCCCUGCUGCUCACAGCCCGCUGUCAGAUGGCCGUGGCUGGGUCCAGGCCAAACGGACAAGGGCAAGCAGCUUUGGGCUCGGCAGUGCAAACGCUAGACGAGGCAGCUUCCUACUUCUCCAUGUUGAACUGUAAGGAGCGGUUGCGGGACGUGUACUACCUGCAGGCUCAGCUCUACCGCUCACUGAGACAAACCUCCCAGUGCAACAAAUGUGCCAUGCUGUUCCGCCUGCUGGACCAGGAGCUGCAGUCUCCUGCAGCACCAAUUUCCAUGAGACUUUAACUGUUCCCUCUCUGCCUACAAACCAUAGUUUUGGCAGCUCAAAAGCAUACAGUUGUUGCCAUGGACAUAUAGAUAUUAAAAAAAGCAUUUGUUAAUACA